AUGAGGGUACCCGCCACAAGCCAAUGCCUGCGACAAGCCGUGCACCGAGUCCCUCCUCAGAGGAGAUGGUUUACAUGCGAUCGUUUGAUUCAGGAGCAUGACGUCGUCCUCCUCCGCCAGCGAGGCGACAAGCGAGCAAAAUGGAAGCUGACGCCCGCGCUGCGCGACGACGAGUCCCACCGGAUCAAACUCAGCUACGGCGCCCACGUCCGCGCGCAGGACCUGAUCGGCAAGCGGUACCUCGACACCGUGACCGACUCGGCGGGCCGUGAGGUGGCCAUCCACGAGGCCAGCAUGGCGAGCUACAUUGUCAACAGCGAGCGCAUGGCCACGCCCAUAUACCCGCAGGACUGCAGCGUCAUCGUGUCCAUGCUGGACCUCAACCCCGAGCGGCCCGGGGAGAACGACGACGACGACGGGCUGUUCGAGGUGUUCGAGGCGGGGACGGGCAUGGGGAGCUUGACGAUGCACAUCGCCAGGGCGCUCCACGCUGCCAACCCGCCCAUGAGGAAGGAUCUGAGGGAUGCGGUCGCCACGGCGAGUCUCGAGAGGAGGGCGCCGGCGCCGGGUGGAGAGGCCGUGGCCGAUGCCGAGAUUGAGACAUCCGGCGCCGAGAAGCCUGCCGAAUCCGUACCCAGGGAUGAGAACGAGGUCUCGCCAUCCACCGACUCCGAGCUGGCGACGCCCGAGCCGUCCAGCCCGGUCCCCAGCGACAUCGAGAGCAACCCUACGACGCCUGCACUAGACCAACAACCCCCCAUCCAGACCAUGACCCUCUCCCGCCUCGACGUUGCCCCCAACAUCGCCAAGGACCUCGCCGACUGGUCCUCCUCCCGCCGCGCAGUCCUCCACACCCUCGACCGCAACCCGUCCCACUCCCGCGCGGCAUACAAGCUCCUCCGCCGCUUCCGUCGCGCCAUCUACCUCCCCUCGGUCGACUUCCACAUCGGCUCCAUCAGCGACUACCUCACCCCCCGACUCGCCUCCUCCCUCGGAGUACCCUUCCUCUCCCGCGCCGUCCUCGACCUCCCUUCCCCAGAGUCUUUCGCCGACCCCGUCGUCCGCGCCCUCAAGCCCAACGGCCUCCUCGUCGUCUUCAACCCGAGCAUCUCCCAGAUCGCAGACUUUGCCAAGUGGGCCGUCACCACCCGCCAGCCCCUCCGCCUCGAGCGGACCGCCGAGCUGCCGAAUUCUUUCCUCGUCGCGGCUGAUGAGCCGACGGCCAACGACUGCGGGGGCGGGCGGCCGUGGGACGUGCGCACCGUCGUGCCCAGGAACGCCGCGUCCGAGGGGGAUAUUGUGCAGGUGAUGCGGCCGAGGGUUGGGGAUCGGGUUGUGGGGGGUGGGUUUGUUGCCGUGUUUAGGCGGUUGAAGCCGAUGGAUGGCGUCAAGGAGGAAGAAAAAGUGGAAGAGGAGAAGGUGGAAGAGGAGUGA